AUGAGUAUACCUAGUCAUGCCAUCGAAAAAGAAGAUGAAACGAAACCUUUGUGGAGAUAUGUUACAAAGUUAAGAAAAACUCCUGGUGGUGGAAAUAAUAUGAUUAAAUGCAGUUUCUAUGAUUUAUCAUUCAAUGGAUCUUACACUCGAGUAAGAUCUCAUUUGCUAAAAAUUACGGGAGCAGGAGUUAGAAUUUGUCCAAACGUGACUACAUCAAAACUUGUUGAGUUUAGAAGAUUAGACAAUGAAGCAACAUUGAAAAUAGAAAAUUCAAAGAAGAAAAAGGUCUCUCUACCAUCUGUAUCUAAUGAAGGAAAGCAGAUGAAUAGCAGUGUUAAUCCAAAACACAAAGGUCCUUUAGAAGCUUCUUUCAAUAUCCAAGCUAGAGAUACUCUUGAUUAUGAAAUUGCAAGGAUGUUUUAUUCUGCAGGACUACCAUUUCAUCUAGCAAAAAAUCCUCACUUCAGGAGCGCAUUUUCUUAUGCUGCCAGUACUUCUAAUCUUAGUGGAUAUGUACCACCAACAUAUAAUAAAUUGAGAGGUCCUUUACUUGUAAAAGAAAGAAGUCACGUAGAAAAUCUUCUACAACCCAUAAGAGAUUCAUGGAAUGAUAAAGGUGUGACAAUUGUUUGUGAUGGGUGGACUGAUCCUCAAAGAAGAUCACUUAUAAAUUUUAUGGCUGUCAAUGAGAGUGGUCCAAUGUUUUUAAAGUCAAUAGAUGGAUCUGGUGAGAUAAAGGACAAAGAUUUUAUUGCUAAACACAUGAGAGAUGUAAUUAUGGAGGUUGGAUCAAAAAAUGUGGUACAAAUUAUAACUGAUAAUGCAGCUGUAUGUAAGGCAGCAGGUAUGCUUAUAGAAGCAGAAUUUCCUUCAAUCUACUGGACUCCUUGUGUAGUGCAUACAUUGAAUCUUGCAUUGAAAAAUAUUUGUGCAGCAAAAAAUUGUGAAAGAAAUAGUGAUACUUAUAAAGAAUGUUUUUGGAUCACACAAAUUGCUGAUGAUGCUACAUUUAUCAAAAACUUUAUUGUGGGGCACUCUAUGAGAUUGUCAAUGUUCAAUACCUCCAACUCAUUCAGGUUGCUUUCUGUUGCUUCUACAAGAUUUGCUUCAACCAUUAUCAUGCUCAAAAGGUUUCAACGUUUGAAGAAAGGACUUCAAGAGAUGGUUAUUAGUGAUGAUUGGUCUUCUUAUAAAGAGGACAAUGUGGACAGUGCACAAUGUGUGAAAGAAACUUUAUUGAAUGAUAAUUGGUGGAUGAAGGUUGACUACAUACUUGCUUUUACUGCUCCUAUUUAUGAUGUUCUCAGAAAAACAGAUACAGAUAUGGCUACUCUUCACUUGGUAUAUGAAAUGUGGGACUCAAUGAUUGAAAAUGUUAGAAAGAUCAUAUACCAACAUGAAAGGAAGACAGAAGUUGAACAUUCAUCCUUUUUUGAGGUGGUAAAUUCAAUAUUGAUUGAUCGUUGGACUAAAAGUAAAUUGGGAGAUUUUGCAGAUGAGGACUCUUUAAGGGAUAGAGGCAAAAUGGAUGCAAAGUCAUGGUGGAUUAUUCAUGGAUCUCAUGCACCAAUACUUCAAAAUAUAGCUCUUAAGCUACUUGGACAACCAUGUUCUUCUUCUUGCUGUGAAAGAAAUUGGAGCACCUACUCUUUUAUACAUUCUUUAAAAAGAAAUAAGAUGACACCUAAAAGGGCGGAAGAUUUAGUAUUUGUCCACAGUAAUCUUCGUCUUCUUUCAAGAAACUCUUCAAAAUACAAGGAAAAGGAAACUAGCCUGUGGGAUAUUGCUGGAGAUGAUUUUUCAAUGGAUGAUAAUGAAAUUCUUGAUAUUGUUAGCCUAUCUCUCGAUGAACCAGAAUUAGAAGUUGUAUUUUUUGAUGAAGAUUAA